CACCGUUCUUUGUGAUUGGCGCCAGACGUUGAAGAGGAAUCACUUCCGCCGUUAGUAAAUGGCGGUUGCGAGCACGGUGGACUGUAAACAUUUCAGCUGCCACAACUGUCGUCGUGUUGAGGAGAAAGUCGCCUCCCGGUCGCAGAAAACAAAGCAAACGGUUUCCAAAUGGAGGAGGAAGAAGGAAGAGGAGAGGAAGACUCGGAGUGUGAGGUGGCUGAGCUCCGGCUGAGAGUGGAAUCACUGAAACAGGAGCUGAAGGAGUGCCGAGCCGAGCUGACUAAGUUAGAGAAGCAGCUUAGCCACUCUGAGAGGAUGCAGAAGAGCACCGAGAGCUACAACGAAGACCUGAGGAAGCAGGUUGACCAGCUCAGCGCAGAGAUUCAUGAGCGAAAGAAGAAAGAGAAAGACAGGGUAGAGUGCGAAACUCAGACAGAAGAAUAUGUGUGGACAGAAUCUGAUUACUACAAUUACUAUUAUGGAAGCUACUGUCAGAAUGUCGAGGGGGCAGAUUCCCAGGAAAGUCUGGACACGGCGACGGCAGCAGCCGGGGAUGUGAUUGAGGAUAGUACGGCAGCCGAGGCAUUGAAAGCAAUUGAAACAACGGCCCCAGAUGUGUCCGCCUCAGCAGAAAGCAGCGAUGUAGCUGCAACAGUGGGAGGUGAUGCGAGCUCCAUAGCUGACAUGCUGAGGGCCACAGCUGAAGAAGCCAUGACACAGACUGGCUUUGUCUUUGAUGAGACAUCUGGGAUGUAUUAUGAUCACAGCACGGGCUUCUACUAUGACUCGGUCAGUCAGUUGUACUACGAUGCCAACACGGGCAUAUACUACUACUACGAUGCAGAAAGCGGACGGUAUCAGUUUCAUUCCAGGAUUGAGGUGCCUGCCGUGCAGAGCUCUGCCGAGCCUUUCCAAGAGACCCAUGUUCCUGACAAGAAAUGGAGGAAGGUCCAAAAGGGAGUCAAGAAGGCGUCACAACAGGAUGAGGGGGAACACAAACUGGAUGAGGCAAAGCUGGAAACGGAAGAAACUGAUCGGCCCGAAUCCCGAAAACUGCACCAAAGGUCUUGUAGCCCAGACUUGGCUAAGGGUAGAAGAGACUCUUCAAAACAUGGGAAAGAAAGAGACAAAUCGCCAUCAAGGAGAAGAAGGCUGAAAAAUGGCUCGCACUACGAGGAUAAGGGCAGUUCCCGAAAGAAGCGGAAGAAAUCUAAGUCAGAAAAGAAGAAGAAGAAGAGGAAGAAAAGGAGCCUGGCUCGGAGCGAUGAGUCUGAGGGCAACAGUGAACCAGAGGAGGGCGAGAUCACAGAGUCUGAGAGAGAAGAUUUGGUAUCCACUUCAUCACCUUCAUCAUGUUCCAGCCCCAAACAUUCCAGGGAAAGUCCUGAGUCAGAAAUGGAAGUGCACAGCCAAGAAGUUAAUAACUUUUGGCCUCCCUGCGUUCGAGUGACUGUGGUCAGGUCUCCGGUGCUGCAGGUGGGAACGCUGUUCAUCAUCACAGCCGAUUCUUCAGCUACAUUCGGCAGAGAAAAGGACAUGAACCAUGCAGUUCGAAUAGCAGAAAUGGGUGUCAGCAAGUUCCAUGCAGAGGUGUAUUUUGACCAGGAACAGCAGAGCUACAUGCUGGUGGACCAGGGAAGCCAGAAUGGGACGGUCAUCAACGGAAACCGUAUAUUGCAGCCCAAAACCAAGUCAGAGCCUCAUGCACUCAUGCAUGGUGAUGAAGUUAAGAUGGGAGAGACUGUGCUGUCCUUCCACAUCCACUCAGGUACCGAUACCUGUGACGGCUGUGAACCCGGGCAAGUGAUGGCUCACAUCAGCAAGCACCGGAGGGAGGAGAGCACCGAAGGUCCUGGUCUCAGCAAAGAAGAUAAAGAAUCCCUGAGACAGAAAGAGCUGAAGCAAAUGAAGGCCAAAUAUGGCCUGCAAAGCAGCGAGCAUGAGGAGACCAAAGCCCUAAAGAACCCGAAAUAUAAGGACAGAGCAGAGUCUCGCCGCCAGACGGUGGGCAGUGAAGGCGUUUUCCAGCGAGAUGACGCACCAGCUUCUGUACAUGAGGAGAUCAGUGAGGUCAACAAGGGCCGGAAGAUGCUGGAAAAAAUGGGCUGGAAAAAAGGAGAGGGGCUAGGAAAAGAGGGAAGGGGAAUGAUUGAUCCGAUCGAGCUGAAAAUCCGGAAGUCCCAGUCAGGUCUGGGAGCGGGUGGCUUCAUGUCCGCGGACGACAUUUCUGCAAUCAGAUCCAAGUCCCAUAAGAACUGGGAGAAAGCUCGCGAGCGCUUCGCCGACUCCUGUCAUCCCGACCUGCCAACAACCAAAACCCAGAAGAGUAAAGCCUGGGUCCGAUCAGAGGAGGCGGAGGACUCACAAACCAGUUUGGAAACAGGCAGCCAGGGUUAGGAGUGACUUACACCUGAACUCACUGUUGGUUUAAUGUGGAGGAGAGGAGGGAAUGUCCUCACUUCCUAAGGAAAAUAUGAUUGUGUUAAAGCUUGAGAAACUCCUGGUACCAACUGACCGUUUUGUUAACAGUAACACCGAACAUUGUUUAUAUGUUUGCUUUCUUCCUGUAAGUAUAAAAGAGUUGUAGUCUGAGUGCUGUGCAUCAGCCCACUUUCUAAAACUUGUCCCACUUUUCUUCUCUGCAUGGAAACCGUUCAAACUAAGAACCGCGGCUCAAGCUGAGCUGCAGGACACAAGCCUCCUCAGGCAAAUAUUGACAUGUCAAGUUAUAGUUCUCAGAGUGAGAUCAUACUGUAACAAGACAGCCAUGAGUCUAUUCUAACGAAAAGCAACGAUUCAUGUUGAACAUUUGAUGAACUUAAAAACAAACAUGACUCAUUUAACAGUU